AUGACGUCAACGAUUCGUUUGCACAUUAUCAAUAGCGUUACAAUUAUCUCGCCGAAUGUUUUUAUUUCAAAGUUUAAACAGAUAUAUCAAAUAUAAUUAAAUAUUAAAUAAUAAAACAAUAUAAAACGUGACAUCGAACGACGAACUGUGAACAGCUUAAAUGUUUUGCCCUUUAAUAACUAUACAACAAUAGCAAAAAUGAUACCGUCGAAUAAGAACUCACUUAUCGUAUUUUUAUUUUCAUCGUACUGCAUCUGCUUGGUGAAAUCAAUCGAGUUGACUUUUGAACUUCAGGACAAAGCAAAGGAUUGUUACUAUGAGAAUAUAGAGAAAAAUACGUCCACCACGUUGGAGUACCAAGUUGUUACUGGUGGCCAAUACGAUGUUGAUGUGAUAAUCGAAUCCCCGACUAAAGAAAUUCUAUACAGACAAGUGAAAUCACAAUUUGACAGCCACACAUUUGUAGCAACAGUGAGUGGACCAUAUGCCAUUUGUUUUAGCAAUGAGUUCUCAACAUUCUCGCAUAAGCUCGUGUACAUGGACUUACAAGUCGGCGAGGAAGACGCUCUGCCUGGUAUAGGAGAACAAGUGACUGUUAUGACUCAGAUGGAAUCAACAUCACAAGAUAUUCAUGAAUAUUUAAACAAAAUUAUUGACUAUCAAACUCAUCAUAGAUUAAAAGAGGCUCAAAGUCGUAAACGUGCUGAAGAUCUAAAUCAUCAUGUUGCUUUAUGGUCAGCUACAGAAACUAUUGCAAUAUUAUUAGUUGCGAUUGUACAAGUAUUUAUGUUGAAAAGAUUCUUUACUGAAAAAUCACCAACUCAAAUUCAAUAUAAGUCAAUGUAUUAAAACUAAUAGGUUGCGAAUAUAAUAUAAUUACCAAUAAAUAAUUAUCAUCUUUUUUCUUGAUGUAAUAGUAAGAUGUGUUUACCAGAAAAUUAUGAUUGAAAAGUGUUUUUUGUGUGUUAAUUAAUAUUCUUUUAGUCCAGGGUUUAACAAAAACUAUUAAGGUUAAUAUGUAUAUAUUAUUGAUUAUAAACAAUAGUUGAUUGUUAAAAUGCAAAGAAUUUAUAAUCAUGCUUUGUACAAUAAUGUUUAUGAUAAUGUCAAAAAUCAAAUUGUUUACCUACAUAAUAUCAAUGAUUAUUUAGUUGUCAAAAUUUUUUAAUACUUUUAAACAACAACCAUUCAUUAUUUAUAAUUAUAAGUAUUUAAAUGAUUUUAAAAAUGUAUUAUUUAUAUCUUUAUUCUUUAUGUAUCAUAUAAUUUAUUAUUUUGGAUUAUUAAAUAAAUGAAUUUGUACAUUGACAA